AUGCGCAGAAUAAUAGGUGGCUUGUCAACAGAUAUAAGAGAAUUUGCUUAUCACGUUAGUUUACAACAUCGUGGACAUCAUGUAUGUGGAGCAAGUAUUUUAUCAGAAUUCCAUGUUCUGACAUCAGCGAGUUGUGUUUUGUUUGAUUUAGUUGUAGCUGCAGGAAAUCUUUGUAUUUUAGUUGGAUCAAAUGAUGAAUUUAAUUCAGAUGGAUUAGGAACUUAUUACAAUGUUAGAUAUAUUAUUUAUCAUCCGGAUUAUUCACCAAGAUUAUAUUGGAAAAAUGAUAUUGCAAUAUUGAAGCUUGAAUCACCAAUUAAUUUUUCAAGCGAUUAUACAAAUAUUGAAGCUAUUCAAAUCUCAAAUAUUCUUCUAUCAGCAAAGUCAACUACUGUAGUGUGUGGAUGGGGAGAUGAUAGUGUUGAGCCACGUGAAUCUACAAGAAAUCUUAAAAAAAUUCAUGUUAUGAUUAAAGGUGAAUACUUUUGUCAACGCUACGCUGAUUUUCCAGUUGUUAAUGAAAAUAAAAUUUGUGGCACCACAUUGUAUCCAAAUUCUUUCAUCACAUUGGGUGAUGGUGGCAGUGGAAUAGUACGUAACCGUAUGCUUGUUGGAGUUAUUUCUGUUUUUACGCAUUUUAAGCCAUUGACUAGUUUUUAA